AUGGCUGGCGCUAAAGCGACUGUGCCCACGCUGGAUGCCAUCCGCGACGUCAUCAGCAAGCCGGCCAAGGAUGGCCUGAAGCCGACCCUCGUGCCCGUCUACCGACAAAUCUCCUCCGACCUCAUCACCCCCUCGGCCGCCUACCUCAAGGUCUCGGCUCACGCCGCCGCCACAACCUCGUCCUCGUCCUCGUCCCCGUCGCCGUACUCGUUCCUCUUCGAAUCCGCCGCGACCGAGCAGGUCGGCCGGUACAGCUUCGUCGGCGCCAACCCGCACAAGAUCGUCACCACGGGUCCCGGCCAUGGCCCCGCGACGGACCCCCUGCCGCUGCUCGAGGCGGAGCUGGCGCAGCACGUCGUCGCCCACGUCCCUGGCCUGCAGCUGCCGCCGCUGACGGGUGGCGCGAUCGGCUACAUUGGCUACGACUGCAUCCGGUACUUUGAGCCCAAGACGGCGCGCCCGCUCGAGGACGUGCUGCAGAUCCCCGAGUCGCUGUUUAUGCUCUUUGACACCAUUGUCGCCUUUGACCGCUUCUACGGCGUCAUCAAGGUCAUUAGCUACGUCAAGGUGCCGACCGGUGCGAGCAGCGGCGACGCAGGAGCCCUCGAGACGGCAUACAAGGCGGCCACCGCCUCCAUCGACGAACUCAUCGAGGUGCUCAACGCGCCCGAGGUGCCCAUGCCGCCGCAAGGGCCCGUGCAGCUCGGCCGCGAGGCCAAGUCCAACAUUGGGCAAAAGGGCUACGAGGCGCACGUUACCAAGCUCAAGGAACACAUCUACAAGGGCGACAUCUUUCAGGCCGUACCCUCGCAGCGCUUCGCCCGUCCGACAGACCUCCACCCUUUCAACAUCUACCGCCACCUGCGCACCGUCAACCCGUCGCCGUACCUCUUCUACAUUGACUGCCAGGACUUUCAGAUCAUUGGCGCCUCGCCCGAGCUGCUCGUCAAGAGCGAGGACGGCCGCAUCAUCACGCACCCCAUUGCCGGCACCGUCAAGCGCGGCCGCACUCCCGAGGAGGACGCCGCACUCGCCGACGAGCUGCGCAGCUCGCUCAAGGACCGCGCCGAGCACGUCAUGCUUGUCGACCUCGCCCGCAACGAUGUCAACCGCGUCGGCGACCCUUAUACGGUCCGCGUCGACCGCCUGCUCGGCGUCGAAAAGUUUAGCCACGUGCAGCACCUCGUCUCCCAGGUCUCGGGCGUGCUGCGGCCGGGCCAGACGCGCUUCGACGCCUUUCGCUCCAUCUUUCCCGCGGGCACCGUGUCUGGCGCGCCCAAGGUCCGCGCGAUGGAGCUGAUUGGCGAGCUGGAAAAGGAGAAGCGCGGCAUCUACGCCGGCGCCGUCGGCUACUUUGGCUACGGCGGCGUCGACGCCGACGGAAACGCCGUCGAGGGCGCCAUGGACACGUGCAUCGCCCUGCGCACCAUGCUGUACAAGCAGGGCGUGGCGUACCUGCAGGCCGGCGGCGGCAUCGUGCUCGACUCGGACGAGUACGACGAGUGGAUGGAGACGAUCAACAAGCUGGGGGCGAGCAUGCACUGCAUCAAGUCGGCCGAGGAGAUAUACCACGCGGAGCAAAAUGGGACAAAAUAG